UGCACCACCGAAUGAGAAUGUCGGCGAAAGUAAUCGCCGACAUUUAUGCUCACCGCCCGCCAAGAUUUCGCGCAUUGACCAUCCAAAUUCACUUUUUUUGCAAGUCGCAUUCGACCUCCCCAAACUUGCGCAAUCUGCACAAUUCUUUGGAAAAAGCACUAUAGCGCUUAAUCCCAGGAAAAAUGGCGCCUAAAUUUGACGACGACUUCGUAUUUACGAUUUCCGACCACGACGACGUGUCCGACGAUGGCGGCCUCGAAGAACUCUCUGCCCAAGCAACAACGUUAGCGGGUCGCGGCAAGAAGAGAAAGCAUACCGAAGAUCCAGACGCCAACGUGAAGCCGAAGGAAGGUCCUCAGAAGAGGUCGAAGAAGGGAAAGAAGGGAAAGAAGGGUAAAAUUGGCAAGAAGGGCGACGCCCAACCCGAAGAGGAGGAGGACGAUCUGGCGAUGAUCGAAGCCGGAGAGGAUGCGGAUGAGAAUGAUGAUAUCGCAUCGGACUUUGAGUUCGCAGUUGGCGACAUCGAUACCGGGUUCGUGGAGGAUUUUGAUGGCUGGGGUAACGACAAGGCCGGACAAUCAGAGUCGAUCGCUGCGAAGAAGAGCACGGCCGUCGAUGUGGACGACAUUGUUGCGAGGAGGUUGAACAAGAAGAAGGCCGCAGAGUCGGAAGUACCAGACGAGGCCGACAGCGAAGCGGAGAUGGACUUCGAAGGCUUCGGAGACGACGAUGAGCUCCUUGCUGAGGAUGGGUUUGGCAUGGGCGCGGAGAGCAGCAGCGAAGAAGAAGAGGAGGAGGACAGCGAGGAUGAUGAGGCAGAAGCAAAACAGGAUGACAGCGAUGCUGAAGAGGAAGAACAAGCUGAUGGCGACUCGCAUGAUGGCGACUCGGAUGAUGGCUCAGAAAUUGACAACGUGCCUCACCCCAUGGACCUGCAAGGCUCGGACUCGGAGGACGACGAGGACGAAGAUGCUGCGGAGGAAAAGAAGGCCGCGGCGUUCUUCGCACCCGAGGAAGAAGACGAGGAUGCAUCCGGCAAGAAGGGCAAGAAGAAGACCUCUAAGGCGGCAGGAUCCUUCCAGACCAUGUCUCUCUCUCGUCCCAUCCUCCGAGGACUUGCGUCUGUGGGCUUCACCGAAGCGACUCCCAUCCAGGCCAAGACGGUCCCAAUUGCUCUGCAAGGAAAGGAUGUGGUCGGAGGAGCCGUGACAGGUUCCGGUAAAACAGCAGCGUUCCUCAUCCCCAUCAUGGAGCGUUUGCUGUACCGACCCAAAAAGAUCCCCACGACCCGUGUGGCCAUCUUCAUGCCAACGCGUGAGUUGGCGGUCCAGUGCUUCAACGUCGCGAAGAAGCUCGCGGCAUUCACCGACAUCACCUUCGCCCUACUCGCCGGUGGUUUCUCAUCGCGCGAGCAAGAAGCUGUUCUCAAGACUCGCCCGGACGUGGUCAUCUCGACGCCGGGACGUUUCAUCGACCACAUGCACAACUCGGCGGCCUUCCAGGUCGAGAAUCUUGAGAUUCUUGUGCUCGAUGAGGCCGAUCGCAUGCUCGAAGAGGGAUUCGAGAGCCAAUUGAACGAGAUCCUCACAUCGAUCCCGAAAUCGCGACAGACGAUGCUGUUCUCCGCCACCAUGACCAGCUCUGUCGACAAGCUCAUCCGGAUCGGCAUGAACAGGCCCGUCCGACUGAUGGUUGACGCAAAGAAGCAGACGGUCGCCGGGCUCGUGCAGGAAUUCAUCCGUCUGCGACCGGGCAGGGAGGGUAGGCGUCUCGCAUACCUCCUAUACAUGUGCGAGAAGAUCUACACGGAGCGGGUCAUCAUCUUCUUCCGACAGAAGAAGGAGGCACAUCGCGUGAGGGUUAUUUUCGCGCUGUGCGGCCUCAAGGCAUGCGAGUUGCAUGGAAACAUGUCCCAGGAACAGCGUAUCCAAAGUGUCGAGUCCUUCCGCUCCGGCGAAGCCUCCUACAUGCUCGCCACGGACGUCGCCUCGCGUGGUCUCGACAUCAAAAACGUCUCCACAGUCCUCAACUACGAAGCCCCGCAAUCCCACGAGAUCUACCUCCACAGAGUCGGUCGUACCGCGCGUGCAGGCCGCACAGGUCGCUCGUGCACGAUCGCUGCGGAGCCGGACCGCAAGGUCGUCAAGGAGGCUGUCAAGGCUGCGCGGGCGCAGGGCGCGAAGGUGGUGUCCAGGCAGGUGCCGCCGGAGGAGGUGGAGAGGUGGGUGAAGAAGUUGAAGGGGAUGGAGGAGGAGAUCGAGGAGGUGUUGGAGGAGGAGAAGGAGGAGAGGGCGAUGAGCAUUACGGAGAGGGACCUCAAGAAGGGAGAGAACUUGAUCAAGCAUGAGGACGAGAUCAAGUCGAGGCCGAAGAAGACGUGGUUUGAGAGUGAGAAGGAUAAGGUGGCUAGUCGGGCGAAGGGUGCCGCGGAGUUGAAUGGACCGAAUGGUGCGGCGGAGGGGGCGAAGAAGGAGAAGAAGAGGUUGAGCGGGAAGGAUAGGAAGAAGCUUGAAUUGGGAGAUAUCAGAAGGGAGGGUAAGGUGUGGAGGAAGGGCAAGGACGAUAAGAAUGCGAAGCCUGUGGGGAAGCCGAAGGUGAAGGCAUCAUCGGGCGGACGUGGUGGAGGCCGUGGAGGUCGAGGAGGUCGCGGUGGUGGGAGGUCGAGAGGCAGGUAAAACAAUACCUAUUUAAGAAAGGAGGUUUUUCAUUGCACAUAUGAUGGAUCGAUCGUUUCAAUAUCACCAACAUCUACCAUAACCAUUGAAGGCGUUUGCAUAGUCCAUACUUGUCUGUAUCAACAGAUGUAUACGCGAGUGUACCAAAAGAGAUUGCGUCAGCAACAACAACGCACAUACAAAAGUCAAUUCCAAUUAUACCAACACUUCCAUUCCUCCUACUUCAAAUCCGUUUCCUUUCUAUAUGCAGGUACACACCUACCUGCCUGUUCAC